AUGACCCCCAGGUUGGGGUGCUCCCCCAUCCCCGCCCCCUGCGCCCCCUCCCCACGGGACCCCCACGAGUGUCGGCGCCUCCGGAGCUGCAGCGAGUGCCUGGCCCAGCACCCCCUGGGGGGCGCGGGUCCCCCGGCGUGCAAGUGGUGCACCAACUGCCCCGAGGGCGCGUGCAUCGGGGCGGGCUCCAGCUGCCGCCGGGAGAACGACUGUCGCAUCAACCAGCGCGAAAUCUUCGCGCCCCAAAACUGCUCCGAGGCCGCCUGCGGGGCCCCCGACUGCCCCCGGUGCGCCGGCGCCGGCAGGUGCAUGUGGACAAGGCAGUUCAAGAGGACAGGUGAGACGCGGCGCAUCCUGAGCGUGCAGCCGGCCUACGAGUGGACGUGCUUCAGCCACUCGCUGCUGAACGUGUCGCCGAUGCCGGUGGAGUCGGCGCCGCCGCUGCCGUGCCCGCGGCCGUGCCACCUGCAGCGCACCUGCGCCGCGUGCCUGGCAUCGGCGGGCGCCGACGGCGGCUGGCAGCACUGCCUCUGGAGCCUGGCGCUCAGACAGUGCCUGAGCCCCAGCUUCGCCCCCCUGCUCUGCCUGGCCGGGGGCUGCGGCCGCCUCCUGCGGGGGGGGGGUGGGGGAGGGGGUCUCCCCUCCCCCCCGGGGGGUCUCCCCUCCCCCCCCGAGCGCUGCCCCUCCCCCCCCGAGUGCGGGGGGGCGUCCCAGUGCUCCCAGUGCCUGCGGCGGCCGCGCUGCGGGUGGUGCGCCCGGGGGGGGCACAGCGGGGCCGGGCGCUGCAUCCAGGGCGGCAUCAGCGGGCCCCUGAAAGGUGCGUCCGAGACCUGCGGGCCGGGGGAGGUUUGGGCCUUCCUGAGCUGCCCCCCCGAGGACGAGUGCGAGAACGGGCACCACACCUGCGGGCCCAGCCAGGUGUGCCGCGACCUGCCCGACGGCUUCACCUGCGCCUGCCGGGACGGCUACAGCCCCGACAGCCGCACAGGUGAGUGCCGCCCCGUGUGCCGCCAGGGCUGCGCCAACGGCACCUGCGUGGAGCCCGACAGGUGCCGCUGCCACUUCGGCUUCGUGGGCAGCGACUGCGGCGUCACCUGCGCCUGCAACGGGCACAGCGACUGCGCCGGGCCGCAUGCAACGGACACCUGUCUGCAGUGCCACAACAACACCCAGGGCCCGCAGUGCCAGCGCUGCCGCCCGCUGUUCGUGGGCACCGCCCUCGGGGGGGGCACCUGCCUCACCUGCCGCUCCUUCUGCCGCCACCGCGCCGACGUCUGCCUGAGCCGCGCCGACCUGGAGCGGCACCGGCGCCAGCCCGACAGGUACCCCCUGGAGCCACACCUGAUCCACACGUGGGUGCAGGAGGGCCCCAGCGAGGCGCAGGCCGUGUGUGUGAACUGCCAGAACAACAGCGUGGGGGACAGGUGUGACACCUGCCGGGCGGGGUUCUUCCUGCUGGACGGCACCUGCACCAGGUGCCAGUGCAACGGGCACGCCGACACCUGCAACGAGCUGGACGGCACCGGCUGCCCCUGCCAGAACAACACCGAGAGCGGCGCCUGCCCCGAGCGGCGCGACUGCCACCGCCACCAGUGCUCCAAGUGCCGUGACUCCUUCCAGGGCCACCCGGUGGGGGGCCAGCAGUGCUACCGGCUGCUGGCGGUGGAGCAGGAGUACUGCCUGGACGCGGCGUCGCAGAGCCACUGCUUCCCCCCGCCGCAGCGCCGCCCGCUGCCGCCCGGCCGCUCCGUGCCCUUCGCCGUGCAGCCCAAGUUCACCAACGUGGACAUCCGCCUGACGCUGGACGUCACCUUCGGCGUGGUGGACCUCUACGUGGCCACCUCCUACGACACCUUCGCCGUGGACGUGGAGCCGGACACCGGCUGGCACCGGGUCCGCGUGCAGGCGCCUGGUGGGGGUGGUGGGACCUUUGGGGGACAAGUGGGUGGUGGUGGCACCUUUGGGACCUUGGGGGGACAAGGGGGUGGUGGUGGCACCUUUGGGACCUUGGGGGGACAAGGGGGUGGUGGUGGCACCUUUGGGACCUUGGGGGGACAAGGGGGUGGUGGUGGCACCUUUGGGACCUUUGGGACCUCCGGGGGACAAGGAGGUGGUGGUGGUGGUGGUGGCACCUUUGGGACUUCCGGAACUGGUGGUGGCACCUUUGGGACCUUGGGGGGACAAGGGGGACAAGGGGGACAAGGGGGUGGUGGUGGCACCUUUGGGGGUGGUGGUGGCACCUUUGGGACUUCCGGAACUGGUGGUGGCACCUUUGGGACCUUGGGGGGACAAGGGGGACAAGGAGGUGGUGGUGGCACCUUUGGAGGUGGUGGUGGCACCUUCGGGACCUUGGGGGGACAAGGGGGUGGUGGUGGUGGUGGGGGUGGUGGUGGCACCUUCGGGGGCGGUGGUGGCACCUUUGGGACUUCCGGAACUGGUGGUGGCACCUUUGGGACCUUUGGUGGUCCUGGUGGGACUGGGACUAAUGGUGGUGGCACCUUUGGGACUUCCGGAACUGGUGGUGGCACCUUUGGGACCUUCGGGGGACAAGGGGGUGGUGGUGGCACCUUUGGAGGUGGUGGUGGCACCUUUGGGACCUUCGGGGGACAAGGGGGACAAGGGGGUGGUGGUGGUGGCACCUUUGGGACUUCUGGAACUGGUGGUGGCACCUUUGGGACCUUCGGGGGACAAGGAGGUGGUGGUGGGGGUGGUGGUGGUGGCACCUUUGGGACUGGUGGUGGCACCUUUGGGACUUCCGGAACUGGAGGUGGCACCUUUGGGACCAGUGGUGGCACCUUGAGGAGCUUCGGGGCUGGGGCCGGGACCUUUGGGGCUGGUGGCACUGGAGGUGGCACCUUUGGGACUUCUGGAACUGGAGGUGGCACCUUUGGGACCUUUGGUGGUCCUGGUGGGACUGGGACUGCUGCUGGCGAUGGUGGCACCUUUGGGACUGGUGGUGGCACCUUUGGGACUUCUGGAAAUGGAGGUGGCACCUUUGGGACCUUUGGUGGUCCUGGUGGGACUGGGACUGCUGCUGGUGAUGGUGGCACCUUCAGGACUUCUGGAACUGGAGGUGGCACCUUUGGGACCUUUGGUGGCCCUGGUGACACCUUUGGGACUUCUUGGACUGGUGAUGGUGGUGGUGGUGGUGGCACCUUUGGGACCUUUGGUGGCCCUGGUGGUGACGCCUUUGGGACUUCUUGGACUGGUGGCACUGGUGGGACUGGUGGGACUGGUGAUGGUGGUGGUGGCACCUUUGGGACCUUCGGUGGCACCUUUGGGACCUUUGGUGGCCCUGGUGGCCCUGCAGCCGGUGGGGCUGGUCCCACUGGUCCGACUGGUUUUACUGGUGACCCCCAAAGUUCUGGUGACCCCAGACCCCAUUUUGGUGGCCCCCAACCCCAUUUUGGUGGCCAAACUGGUUUUUAUGGCCAAUCCGAUGACCCCAGACCCCAUUUUGGUGGCCCCAGACCCAAUUUUGGUGGCCCCCAACCCCAUUUUGGUGGCCCCAGAGAAGAGUUUGGUGGCCAAACCAGUUUUAAUGACCAAUCUGAUGACCCCAAACCCAAUUUUGGUGGCCCCCAACCCCACUUUGAUGACCCCCAACCCCAUUUUGAUGACCCCAAACCCCAUUUUGGUGGCCCCCAACCCAAUUUUGGUGGUCCUCAACCCCAUUUUGGUGGCCCCAGACCCAAUUUUGGUGGUCCCCAACCCAAUUUUGGUGGCCCCCAACCCCAUUUUGGUGUCCCCCAACCCCAUUUUGGUGGCCAAACUGGUUUUUAUGGCCAAUCUGAUGACCCCAGACCCAAUUUUGGUGGCCAAACCGGUUUUGCCGACCAAUCUGAUGACCCCAAACCCAAUUUUGGUGACCCCCAACCCAAUUUUGAUGACCCCGAACCCCAUUUUGGUGGCCCCAAACCCCAUUUUGGUGGCCCCAAACCCCAUUUUGGUGGCCCCCAACCCCACUUUGAUGGUUCUCCUGACCACCCCACCGCCCCCAUCCCCAAUUCUGGUACCCCCCACCCCCACCCCACCACCCCACCACCCCCCACCUCCCCACCUUCACCCCCCACGCCCCCCGUGGUGGCACCGGCGCUGCUGGAGGAACGCGCCCACGGCCUGGUCACCUACCUGACGGUGGCCCGGCCCGUGCCCGCCCUGGUGGUCCGCGGGGUGCGGGACCGGCUGGUGCUGACCUACCCCCACGCCGGCCACGCGCUGAAGUCCACCAGGUUCUACCUGCUGGUGGUGGCCGGCGCCGAGCCCUGCCAGGGGCUGCUCUUCUUCCGCCAGGACCAGGCGCACAUCGACCUCUUCGUCUUCUUCUCGGUCUUCUUCUCCUGCUUCUUCCUGUUCCUGGCGCUCUGCGUGCUGCUCUGGAAGGCCAAGCAGGGCCUGGACGCGCGCCACGAGCGCCGGCGCCACCGGCAGGAGAUGUCCAAGAUGGCGGCGCGGCCCUUCGCGCGUGUCACCGUCUGCUUUCAGUACCUUGGUUAUCGGAGCUUCUCUGUGGGCCACCAGCAGAACCAUCCUGUGGGUCAUCAGAACCAUCUUGUGGGUCAUCAGAGCUCCUCCAUGGGUCAUCAGAACCAUCUUGUGGGACACCAGGACCAUCCUGUGGGUCACCAAAACCAUCCUGUGGGACACCAGAGCUCCAUGGGCUACCAGAACCACCCUGUGGGUCAUCAGAACCAUCCUGUGGGUCAUCAGAGCUGCUCCGUGGGUCAUCAGAACCAUCCUGUGGGACACAACCACCCUGUGGGCUACCAAAACCAUCCUGUGGGUCACCAGAACCACCUCAUGGGACACCAGAACCAUCCUGUGGGUCACCAGGACCACCCCGUGGGUCACCAGAGCUGCUCCGUGGGCCACCAGAACCUCCCUGUGGGCCACGAGAACCACCCCCCGGGACCCCCCAAACCCCCUCGGGGUGCCCCGGGCGGGGGUCCCGGGGCGGCCCCGGUGACGCUGGAGCCCACCGAGGACGGGCUGGCGGCGGUGGCCACGCUGCUGCUGCAGCUGCCCGGGGGUGACGUCAUGGGCGGGGUCAUGACGUCACAGACGACUCGAUGA